UCUCAGUGCGCUGUUGUCGCUGCGGUGGGCGCUUCGCUGGCCUUUUCUCUUUUUGGCCUAGGCAUUUUCGAAAACACCUUUUCGCUGCUCGUUUUUUUUCGUGUGCUUUCUUGUAAUUUAAUAAUGUGUGGUGUGUGCGCGUGCUAGUGGUUUUUCCUGUUAUUGGAAAAUAGGAAACUGUCGAAAAUAAAUUCGGGGGUGGUGCGGGCGGAGCAGGGAGCGCAGGCGGGCGCUGAAAGUGGCCGGGUGGCCUGAUGUCCCGACGUCCGAGUGUCCUGGCCAUGAAUCGAGCCACGAAUCAACAAAUUAGGGGUUGUCCUGGUCGCGCGCGAGUGCCCGAUGUGUGUGUGUGUGUGUGUGUGCUCGGCUACACAGGGACAAUUCGGGGAUUCCUUGAGGGGAAUUUUGAAUGUUAUUCUAAGUAAACACAAUAUUUACAUCCUUUUUUCUUCUGUGCGCAUGGUGUGUGUGUGUGGAAUCACCUGAUGGCGAAAGCAUGACCUAAUUCCGCCCAGCAUCUUGGCCAGCCCAGCCAGGACCAGAACCUGGGCCAGAGCCGCGCUUAGAAAACCACCCCCGCAGCCUUAACCCUCGCCCGCCGAAAGUCUCACCCGUAACCCUUGGCCAGCACUUGCCUGGCUUCCUGCUUCCGCAUUCUAAUUAGCUUGCAAUCAUCUGACAAUUUGAUUGCCAGCCGUCUUGACGAACCCCUCCUCCGCCUUCCCAUUGCAGCGCCUCCCGGCCCGCUCCGCCACGCCCCUAGCCCGUCCGCCCACUAGUCGGCCCAUCUGCCAGCCUGCCAGCAGAAUGGAGCAGCUGUGCUACCUGGCGCUGAGCGUCCUGCUGGCCAUCGUCGUGCUGUACGGGCUCCUGGAGCUCCACUACUUCCUGCGCAUGUGCCUCUGCGUUGUGCUGGCCCGGUUUGUGAAGAGGCGCUGCCACAUCCUGGACGCCACCACGGUCAACGGACUCUGCCUCACCAACGAUGUGGACACGCUGCUGUACCACAUGAACAACGCGCGUUACUUCCGCGAGCUGGACUUCGCCCGCGUGGACUUCUACGAGCGGACCAAUCUGUACCGCACCAUCACCGGCAUGGGCGGAUCCGUUUUUCAGGGGGCGGCCACCAUCCGCUACCGCCGCUUCAUACGCCCCUUCCACCGGUUCAACAUUGUGUCGCGGAUUAUUUACUGGGACGAGCAGUCGCUGUUCAUGGAGCACCGCUUCGUGCGUCCGUCGGACAAGUUUGUGCACUGCAUCGCCAUCUGCCGGCAGCGGGUCAUCGACGUCUCCAUGGAGGCGGUCAUGGCGGAACUCCUGCCCAGGACCUCCUCCAACGGAUUCCGGGCGACGGCGUCGCCCUCGCUGGCUGCGCCGUCGUCGUCGGCGGCGGCGGCGGCUGGCGGCAUUAGCAAUCCGGCGAUGGACACUUCCCUGGCGGAGAAUGGGCACGGGACGAACGGAGGAGGUGCGAGUGCCGUUGCCGGCGCCGGUGCCACGCCGGCGACUGCGGCGCACUGCCUCAAGUUGAAGCCCUCGCUGCCGCCGGAGCUGUCCAAGUGGAUCGAGUACAACGACAUGUCCAGCAAGAACCUGCGCAGCGGCUGCUGACUGGGGUCGAUGGAGUCGCCAAGAGCGGAAGCGCAUGCGCAACCGGAAACGGAUACUCUAAUAUUAACCUAUUUUUUGUCCCGCGUGCUUGUGUGUGUGUGCUAGUGUGUGCUAAUGUUUAAUGUCUAAGUGUGCCCGUGGAAUGUGUAAAUUGUAAGCUAUGUAAGUGUCUGGAAAACACAUAAACAACACAUAAACCCGCCCUCUUUUGGCCUUAACUAAUUGUAUAUGUAAUUACCUAGAGAUCAGCCACGCCCCUGAACAAACAAAAAACACAGCCCCUUGGUAGUCCACAGUAUGUAAGUUACGAUGUACAAUGAUUGUUUAGUAAAACGAACAAAGUAAUGCGAAAAAGAUGAAACCAAA